AUAUAAAUACAUGUCAAACACUUCGCACGAGCAAUAGAUGCUGCUUGCUCGCCUUGUGUCGUCUGCUCGAACGCAGUGCUUGUUCUUCCCAGCAAUUAGGUCUUUGUUCAUCGGAUAAUCAUUCACCAUGGAGGGGUAUUUCAUGUAUGUCGCCAACAAAAUUGAUUCAAUAAGAUUCGGACCUGGCGCAGCAGGAAAAUUAUUUGAUUUGCGAGAGGCGAAAUCUUUUCCGUUUUGGAGAGCAGUUUUAGCCGAAUUUUUGGCGACAUUAAUGUUUGUGUUUCUCGGAUGUGCGUCUGCGAUUUUCGACAGCGAUAAAGUCAAGAUAUCCCUUGCGUUCGGCCUAGCAAUCAUGGCGAUGAUCCAGAUGUUUGGACACGUGUCCGGCGGACACAUCAACCCUGCCGUAUCCAUCGCCAUGGCCGUCUCUAUGAACAUCUCCGUGUUGAGGGCGUUCAUGUAUGUCGUGGCUCAGAUUGUAGGGGCUAUCAUCGGGGCCUUGAUCCUCAAGGGAGUUACGCCCUCGGCUUUCCACGGGAACCUGGCCGUCACAAACAUCAACAGCGCCCUUGGGGUCACCCAGGCCCAGGGCUUCGGGGUGGAGUUGCUCCUGACCUUCACCCUCGUUUUUGUCAUCUACGGCACCGUUGACGGCAAUAGACCCAACUUCGGCAGCGCCUCACUCGCUAUUGGUCUAACAGUUGCUUUGGGUCACUUCUCUGCGAUCUCCUACACUGGGGCCAGUAUGAACCCUGCCAGGUCUCUCGGGUCAGCUGUCGCCUCAAACUCCUAUGCAAACCUGUGGAUUUACUGGGUCGGACCAAUCGCUGGAGGAGUGCUAGCAGCCGUGCUCUACAAAUGGGUCUUUGAUCCCUACAGAGGUGUACCCACCAUGGAUGAAAGCGCGCAGACUUUGUUGCAAGACGAAUCCUUUGUGGCAAUACCACGUGACUACUUCAAAGAAGGCAAGAAGGAGAACAUGAACGCCUCCUCCAACCUGUGAUGUCAUCAACUGCCUGUCACGUGAUGUCAAUAUUUGCCUGCUGACGGACAUGCCUCGGGGCGUGGUCUGAGAGAUGACCUGAGACUGACAUUUCUUCGAUUCCAAAGAAGAGCUUCUGUUUGGUUCUCUUCAUGCUGAACAUAACACCAACUUUUACCAAAUUCCUCACUGCAGGGAUGCUUGGCAUCACAUGUAUAUAGAAACACCAGAAGUGCUCAAACCCGAUGAUUGGUUUACAAUUUCUUGGUUAUUUCACAUUUUCAACAUUAUACUUUAUUGGGGUAUCAAUGUUCGAGUUAUAUUUGAAAAGUUAUCGGUUUUUUAAGUUCAUAAAAAGUAAGAAAUGAAACCGGAACAAAUAUUUCUUGAAACCGUGAUCACAAACAAACGGGUUUAUUGGAUUCAGUUGGUAGCACCCACCAUAUGCAGUAAAAGUAAAUAUAUAUAUUUGUAUGUAUGUAAAUUGUAACUUCAGAGUAAAUGUUGACUUUUAUGAAAGAAUACAUUGCUCGAAACCUAUUUCGUAAUAUCAUUUGUCACUCGUACCUUGCCAUUGUAUUCAAGGAAAAAUUGUAAAAUGUUAAUAUCUUGAUGUGUUGUAAUUGUAAAGGAGAAUGAUUCGUACAGAUUGAUACAAAGUAUCACUGUAAAGUAUUUAUGUUGUAUCAUAUGAAGGUGAUAUUAAUGUUGGAACUUUAUUGCAAAACACCAUGGCUUGUAACGCACAUAACUAGCAUCAGUAUAUUAUCACUGUCUGGGUCUUAUCAGUAUGUAUAGUGCUGAGACAUCAGUAAAGUACAGACCUUAGUACUUUUGUUGAGUCCCAUCCGGGAUUCAAACCCGCACUCUCAGAGUCAGGCACCAAACUUCAAAACCCGCGGUGGCUAAGUGGGUUCGCUGUGUUUGUGUGCCGAUUUGCUGCCGUAUUCUGAGAGUGUGGGUUCGAAUCCCGGAUGGGACAUAACUUAACCCAAGUACGAGCAUCCGUACUUGACUGAGAAAGUGUAUUCCCAUAUCCUACAUUUGACCACGUUCUAAAUGGCAUUGUGUCUUCAUGCCGAGACCAUGGCGGUGAAACAAACACCUUGAUGCUAUUGUGUCUGUUACAAGCCCUGUGUUUGCAAAUAAACCUCUCUACCUGUAUGCUCUGUUAUAUGACAAUUGUUCUUCUUGUUAUUGUUAUUAUGUUGAUUGUUCACCUGAAUAUGUUCAAAGACACCUCUUGUGGGUUGCUUGAGCAAUAAAUAUGACGAUGUUGAUGAUAUUGGUAUCGGAGGUUUGACUGAUUUCGGAAGACAACAUAUAAGAAGUAAGGUAAUUUACGGAGUGUAUCUAUUAUAGAUUAUAGCAGAAAUGAAAGGAGAAAUACAGAUUUGUAUUAGUCAAACUGUCAAACACCAGUGUGUGGAAGUUGAGGGGAUUUACGUAAAUACUGGAGUUAUCCAAUGUUCGACAGUAGCGGGCGCGGUGGGGUAGCCUAGUGGUUAAAGCGUCGGCUCGUCACGUCGAAGACCCGGGUCCGAUUCCCCACAUGGGCACAAUGCGUUAAGCCCAUUUCUGGUGUCCCCCGCCGUGAUAUUGCUGGAAUAUUGCUAAAAGCGGCGUAAAACUAAACUCAGUCAGUCAGUCGACAGAAGCGAAAAGCCAUGAACAAAGAAAGCAUACGAAGGGACCAAGCUUUACUUCGAGACAACCUGCAAACUCGACUAAUCAAAGUUCGAUACAACAGUGUUUAACUGUAUUUCAGUCUGUCAGUCUGGGAUGUGGGUUUAAACCAAGAUCAUCUCUGUGUUUGGAGAAAGACGGAAUGAUAUGUAACGUUUGUUAUGUUUGUAAACGUAUAUCAUGUUCCUCAUAUCAACAACUCAUUGAAAUAGAAACUUCAUAAAAGGUAUAACAUACCACUGAAUUAAAAUAUCUUAAUUACAGAUAUUUUUCUGCAUAGAAAAGUCAUUUGGUUGUGUAUAAAUUUGGAUAGAUAAUAAUUAUAUCCUUUUUUUUACCUUUUAUACACUUUUGUAUUUUACAAAUAUUUUAUUCCCGUUUUAAUUCAAAUGGUGUGAUGUUUCUGUGUUUUGUCAGUUAGCCCAACUGAUUUAAGCUGCACUGCUUGACGAGUAUUGCACAUCCCCUUUGAUAUUAUUCUGUUCUUACUUGACUGUUCACUGGAUGUAGACCUUCCUACUGUUUGGCUUUAACACACAAACUUAGGUAGCCUAAGAGACUGUUAAGUACCUGAGACCAAUACUCAGCUUCUGUGGAGGCAGAUCUGGCGUUAUUGUACCCAUACUGACAUUGGUCGAUGGUCAUACUGUCACCCGUUUAAGGUGCUGGAAAGAACGUCUCCGCCACUUGCUGGAGAGUUGUAUUUCUUAUCUGUGUCAGGAUCUGCUGAGCUUGUGUCGGAGCUCCUAGAUGAUAGAGCUACCUGAAAUGGUAGGGUCCUCCGAAUUGGUAAACGUGAGACUAACUGUACUUCGGGCUUCCCUCCCACAUAAAGCUUACGCCCUUUGCGAUACAACUGAAAUAUUGUUCAAGCAUCGUUCAAGUUGUCAAUCAAAAGUUGCGAUUAAAACCACCUCGAAAAUAAGGCAAAAAUUAUACUAAAAGUGACCCAAACACCAUUUCUCUUGAAGACAUCAUCAACGGUGCCUGCAGUAUAGUUACACCAGGCAAAUAUGCUAGUAACCUUGGUUUCAGCGUCCGUGGACUAAACAACUGGUUGUCCUAUCUCUGGAUUAACAUUAUCUUUCAUCAUCUGUGUUAGAAAACGUUCUUUGCCAUAAUGGGCAACGAACAUUGUCAAUUUACAGUGUGGAGGAAGCACUAAAAGCAUCUUCAGUUACCAUGGCAACACAUCAUAAUUCCAAAUAUGUUCACGUUCAACGAUGUACAAUGUAAAUUAUAUAUCGAGCAAUAAAAUAAAUGUAUAUUUUCUACAA